AUGUCUACCAUCGAAAUGAAAAAGUUUGAAGGUUGGGAGAUGGCCUUGGAUCCCGACACCUUCAGUUUCCUUUCUAUUUUGAAUUUCCGUAAAACAAAAUUAGACUUCACUUGUAAUAAGCGAGUCGAGCACUCAAUGAUAUUUAAAUUUGUGAUUUGGAUCGCAGAGGGUACAACGGACAAAAAGUGGAAAAAGGCUACCUCCGUUCUCAACGAAGAAGUACUAAAGGCGACUACAAAAGAUGUAAAAUCGUUUUGGAGGAGUAUUGAAACCGAAAAAAUCGAGGCAGAAAAAAGGUUAUUAGAGAUGAAAGUGGAGUUAGCUGAGACUCAGUUUUCGGUCGAUCGUACUUUAACGGGAAACGAGGCUCAUCGAAUCUUUGACCGGAAAAAAUUAAAUUAUGCCUUAAACUCAAAUAUUACUGAGAAAAGUAUCGGAAAGCGUUUAGCAGAUGAUGAUGGUACGGAAGAUGCCCGUUCAUACAAGUAUCAACGUGGACAAGGGUAUAAAGAGCCGAGUACACCGGAAGAUAAUAUCCCAGCUCACGAUGAUGAAAGUGACAAUGAGAGUAUUAUAAGACCAAGAAGCGAUUCGCCACUUCACGACGAAUUUUUAAGGGAGAUGAAGAUAGCUGAUAAAACCGAAGAAUAUUACUCUCCGGAAUCUGGUAUGGAAUCUGUUGUUGAUGAUGAUGAUGACUACGUUUAUAGUUCGUCCUGUGACAGUUCCGAUAAUGAUGAUACUGUUGUAGAUGAUAGUAAGUUGAAGACAAAGAUAGAGUUGACUGAAUUCGAAAAGACAUACUUAGAAAUGAAUGACUCGGAUAAAUGGAUUCUUUCUACGGGAAAAAUAGUAGAAGAUGCUCUAUACAAUUUUGGUAUUAAAUGCAGGCACGAACACCUAUGUCAUUCAUUUGUGAUAGAUCCAAAUGAUAAAAUUUAUAUCAAUGAAGAAGUUUUUACUGAGAUAGAACUUGAUGAAAUUCGAAAAUAUAAACUUAAGCCAAUGCCACAGAUGCCCCAAGACUUAUUAACAUAUCUUAACAGUUUUCGGGUGUCCGACAUCUCAGGCCUCAGAGAUGCUAUAUUUAAAUCUCAGCAGUGGGAUUCUCCAUACAAUCGACAAACACAUUUUGAUCAUGAUUGGAUUCGAAAUACCGCGUACAACUUGUUACAUGAAUAUGAAGCGGGAAGUUUAGAGAAGGAUCAUCUGGAAUUGUGGCUCUUAGUUCAUGUUUGGAAUUUUAUAGACAGAGGAUUUGGGAAUGUCGAUAGAUUGGAAACCGCAAGGUCAGAGUCAUCUAGCCGGGCAUCCUCGAAUAGGAAAAAUCGUAAUCGAACUGGAUCUGCAAUUGUCAAAGUGAAGAGAAAGAUUAUGGGAAGGCGUGGAGAUCUCAUCAUUCGAAAGGUUUCUACUGAGUACGGAUGUUCAGAGGCCGGUAAAUCUUUCGAAGGUAACAAUGGGACAAAACUUUUGCAUGAAAGAGGUAUAAAAGCUCCGAAGAUGAUGAAGGAUAUGUUUUAUUCUUUGUGUGAAGCUGUUGGGAUGGAGGAGAAAAGGAUAAGGAAACUGCAAUCGAUCGGGUUUAUACACUCGGGUCUGAUGAUGUUAUUACUUAGAUUGGAUUCCCCUGCUGGCUAUACAUGUCGAAUAACUCGAACAAAAAUGUUGGAAAUCCCCUCUCAAAUAAUACAAUUCGGCUCAAAGGUACUUCCUAUAAUUGUGUUGGCAUGGAAAGCGAAGAUGAUUGUUAAGGGUACAAUUGAAUUUGUUGAACAAAAGCAAUAUUUGGAGGAUGAAAAAAAUAUAGACGAUCAGCUUCAAAAUUUACAAAAUAGUUGUGAAUUUUCAAAUUUUGCACAUUUUGUAGCUUUAGAGAGACGUGUAUCUGGACUUGCGAAAGAUUAUAAAAAUCGAAGGGUACCACCAUUUACACCACAUCAACAAAUUCAGUAUAUGCGUAAUUUCUCCUCCAUGGAUAAAAUUAAAUCAAGCGAUUGCUUUCGAUUCCCCGAGUUCAAAGAACAAGACUAG